GGAGUCUGAAAGGAAAGGAUUAGGAGUCGCAAAGCGCGCAAAAAUCAAACAUGGACAAGGCCGAUCGAGAUAUGGAACUGCCUAAAUCCUGCCAAGCGUCGACAGAAGCAUCGCUUCAAAGAUUUACACGUGGACAAAGUUCAAUGGUUAAUCUCCUUAACCUUCUUAAGGACCAUGCAAAAAUGGAGAAGAAAGUUGGCCAAAUCUACGAUGAGUUCGUAGUAAAGUGGAAGGAUAGAGCCCUAACCAAGAUUGGUAGCAACUUGGCUUAUGACGAAGUCAAUGCUCUCAUGAAAAUCUGGAUGGCCACUUACAAGGAAAAGCAUGAUCUGCAUAACAAAUUAUUAAACUCCAUGUAUGGCCAAGAUGGUCCCCUCAGGAGCCUUCAGAACUACAUCGACUCAGAACAUGCUACAAGGAAGGCCACUCAGCAUCUCUAUGAAAAGACAAGGAAGAGACAGGUUAAGCUGGAGAAGGAGAUUGACCAGCUGAAAGAGGACUUUUUCCUGACCAAGGACAAGAUGGUUCACUUCAAGCCUCAGAUGGAUGCAGCCCAAAUUAGCCAGGACCCUCACACCAACUUCAGGGAACUCUUGGCUCACUGGAGGAAACUGGAGGCUAACGUUGAUGGGGCCAAGACGUCCUACAGACAAAAACUGCAAGAGGAAAACUCGACACGAACGACUUUCAUAGAAGAAAUGAAAAGAUUCCAGAAUGAUUCUGAUGCUUAUGAGAGGGAACGCCUUCAAAACCUGCAGAAUGUGAUGACUUCGAUGAUGCAAAGCAGUAAAUCAGCAGAAACCCAGAGGAACGAGGUACUGGUGCCAUUGUUUGAUGAAGGAAUAUCCCGUCUUGAGCAGUACAACUUACAGAAAGAAAUCAACCUUUACAAUGUGUUCUAUCUGUAUCAACAUAAGUUCCCUAUAGAAGAGCUUCACCCAUCUGAAGUGUCAGCCGAGAAGAAGGCAGAAGAUAAGGAUUCUUCUCAAAAGAAAGCUCAAGUAGAUUCAUCUGCUGAAACUGACAUUGGGCAAGUCCUGCCAGCCAAAGACAGCACAGCCGUGUUUGUACAGACCACAGUAGAUGGUGACACUGAGAAGCCAAAGGCAACAAGAUAUUCCCGUCAUGUGGCAUUGGCUUCCCCAAAUCCAAAAGAUGUCCGCUACCUGCCUGAAGUGGAGAUUCCCAAUGUUGUGACAGAGAGGAGACAGACGACAGCUCCCAUCAUGAAGGAGACAACCUUUGAAAAUGAUAAAGGCCUCUCGGGUUCUGACUCUGACUCUGACUCUGAUGAGGACCAGGUACAAGGGCAGCCCAAAGCCACUGAUAUUAGAAACAUCACACAAGGCCAGAAGGUGAAGGUGUACGCUGUCAAGGCCUUCACGGCCCGCUCUGACGAUGAGAUCUCAUUCAAAGCAGGACGUAAGAUUUACGUGACGGAAGCUGCUGUUGCUGGCCGGGUCUAUGGAUACAUCAAGAAGGGGAAGCUGAUCAAGAGGAGGACAUACGGCUACUUCCCCGAACAACUCGUCAGCACGGACAAGAAGUUCAAGGUCAAGCAGUCCUUCCUGAAGAAGAAGCUCUCCAAGAAGCAUCCCAAUGACAGUUCCAAGAACUACAUCAGCUUCAUGGGAAACAGCGGGUAGACAGCAUGCAGAUAGCUAUAAGGAUUUCCCCUAACGGACAUGGCUAUGAACUCGAUAUUGACUUAGAACUGUGAUAUACUUUUUAAUAUUUGUUGAUUUGGUUUUUACAUGGAUAUAUUUUUUACGGUUCUUAUAUGAACACUGUUGUUUGAUCUGUGAUAUUCUUUGAUAGCAUUUGUGAUGUAUAUUAUUGUAUCAUCCCGCUGGAUGAUAAGAGGUGAUUUAUUGAGAAUUUUGUUACCAUGUUACAAGAAUAUAUUCAACUUUCAUGAUGAGCCACAUGUGUGAAAGAAUGUUAUAUACGAAGAUAUAUGUGUCUUAAUUUAUUUCUCCAUGGAUUGUUUUAGACAGAAAGACACCUGGGUGACAGUAGUACA